AUGUCAUCAGCCGCCGAGACCAAGGCCUGCGACCGCUGUGCCAAGGCCAAGCGGAAGUGCGACAGGGGGCAGCCCGCCUGCGUUCGUUGUGCGACCCGCGAGCUCACUUGCACGUAUCCGGCCCCCCGCCCGAGCUGCUGGGUGUUGGUCAAUAGCGCAUCGGACGCGGGCAGGCCUGAAACGGACGUCCCGUCCAUGCCCUUGUUUGCAAACGUGCUUGAGUCGGUAUCUGCCCAGCCCAGGCUGCAGACUGGCCUCUCGACCGGCUGGUUUCUCACCCCCGAGACGUGGGUGUUACAGCCCAUUCCAAAAGGGGGCCUUGGCGUCGUCGAGUUUGUGUACCCGACGUUGCACCGGCUCAGGCGCCAGAUCCACAGCCUGAUGCUGGACUGGGUGAGCAAGGGCAGCAGCCCGCUGAUACACGCGCGGCUAUACCAGGUCCGUUUUCCGCGGUGCAUGCAAGAUGCCUACAUGACGCUGUCGGCGUACACGACACAAGUGCCGCAGACGGAGAAGAUGGUUCGGCGCAUCAUUUCCGACCGCAGCGCCCAGCUCAUGCGCCAGUAUGCCCGUACGUCCCCCAGCGAUCUUGAUGCGUUCGAGCACCUGGCCCGGGUCCAGGCGCUGCUGAUUUUCACCGCCCUCGGCUUCUUCGACGAAGACGACGGCCUGCGCCACAUUGCCACGACGCAGCUGCAGGUGCUGGAGAGGUGGAGCUUGCAGAUGCUCGAGGCUACGCGGCUGGCAGCCGGGGUUGGUCUUCUCGGUGUAUCUCCCCCAAACUCUCAAACCUCGAACGGGAGCAACGAGCAUGACGUGGAGAUGAUGUGGCAUGCCUGGAUAAUCGCCGAGUCUGUCCGCCGAACGUGGUUCAUGUCGUGCACCUUGCAGGCGAUCCACACCGUGACGCACCGCUACGCGCUCCAGUGCCACGGCGACAUUAUGUUCACGCUGCUCACGGGCGUCUUUGACGCGCCGACCUGUUGGGCCUGGGCUAAAAUAUGCAGCGAGCGAGACAUUAGCUUCAUGUCGCGCAUGCACGUCCGCCGCCUCCUCGGCGAGAAGACUCCAGACGACGUGGACUUCUUUGGCAAGAUGGUGCUGGAGCUCAUGUACGGCGUCUCAAAGGUACAGAAUUGGGGCGCGGACUAG